AUGACGCCGCCAACUGCGAAUCUGAACCUUGACGUCGAGGCGAUCUCGGGCAUUUGCGGUUCCAUUUCCAUUGCCUGCUGGGUUGUCGUUUUCUCACCCCAAAUCAUUCAAAACUUCCAGCGAAGCAGUGCCGAUGCCCUCUCGAUCCAAUUCAUCAUUGUCUGGCUCCUCGGCGAUGUUUUCAACAUUCUGGGUGCCGUCCUUCAGGGCGUUCUACCGACCAUGAUCAUUCUCGCCAUCUAUUACACGAUCGCUGAUAUCGUCCUCCUUGGCCAGUGCUUCUACUAUCGUGGUUUUACAUGGCGCGAUGCCCCGACCCCUGCUCCAAAGCCGAACACCCUGGCCCCUGGUGAACCCAACGAGCGCACUGGUCUGAUCGCUCACGAUCGUCACGAUGAGCGCCGUGGCUCAGAUUGGUCUGGCCUGUCGCCGGCUGUUCCUCAUAUCGCCGAAGAUGCUACUCCUCAAACCCCUACCGUCCUUCAGACUGUGGUUUGGAACACUAUCAUCGUCUUGAUGGUCAUCGCAGCUGGUGUUGUUGGCUGGUUCUUGGGUCAGAAGGCUUCUACUGGCGACAAACAUGGCGACAACGAUGCUGGAGGCGAGGAUAGCCUUCACUUCAGUCUUUCGGGUCAGAUCUUUGGAUAUCUCUGCACCAUCGCAUACAUCGCUUCUCGUCUCCCUCAGCUCAUCCUAAACUGGAGGCGCAAGACGACCGAUGGGCUCAGCAUGCUCUUCUUCCUUUUUGCAUGCCUCGGAAACAUCACUUACGUCAUGUCUAUCUUCGCCUACGAACCUAAGUGCAAGCACGAUGAAUGCCGCCCCGGCGAGGCCCGUCAUAUUUACGGCAAAUACAUCCUCGUCAACCUGAGUUGGCUCGCUGGUAGUCUCGUUACUCUCUUCCUCGACUUGGGUGUAUUUGCUCAGUACUUCAUGUACAGCAAACCAGAGAGCACUACUACGCCUACUCGUCGACGAAUCAACGACAACGUCACCGAGGAAGAUGAGUACGAUGAUGAGAGCCUCAAUGAGGACAGUUGGGACCAGCGUCCUCUACUCCAGAGGGGCGACUCUGUCUAUCACCCAUGA